AUGGCAAGAUAUUCCCAACCAGUCUUUGACUUUUAUCACCAGCAUCCCUCCACCUUGGACGUAAAGACACAGUCAUCAUCAUCAUAUCCUGAAGACGACGAAAUGAGCGUACUAGACGACAAGAUCCUUGAUACAACGUCCCCAGACUUCACAUCCGCUGCCGACCACCGAAGGCAUUCGUACGAGCAGGGCCCAGACACCUUCCAACAUCGAGACUCAGUCUGGUCCGAUUUCUCCCAAUCAGUAUCCAGCACCCAGUCUCGUCAUAGUUCGCAAGUCGGCCACCCAUUCUUUGAAUCUGCCCCAAAUCCUUUCAUGAGGAUGGAUGGACUGCCUUACGUUCAUCCUCAACAGUGGCCGAUCUCCAAAGACUCUGGUUCAUGUACACCAUCUGCUAUGUAUGAGCAUUACCCCACCGAGAUGGAAAAUACUUCGGUCGCUCCGUUCGCUGGUGGUGCUGUCGGCCCGGUAAAUACUGUCAGUAUGCCGUCCAUGUCAUAUCGUCCGCACAUGGGUUUCGCGCCGUCGGGGGCUGUCGCCAUGUCACCGCAGUCAAGUCAGGGCUGGAUGCCGGCAUCGACCGACAUACCUGAUCAUGGCUCUCGACCAAAGAACAGCCCUACCUACCGAAAUAGCUCCCCUCUCAGCGUCCGUCGCGAUGGCAUUCGGAAGAAGAACGCUCGCUUCGAAAUCCCGGCCGAGAGGACUCUAAACAAUAUCGACCAUCUCAUCAACCAGUCUACCAACGAGGAAGAGAUCAAGGAGCUGAAGCAACAGAAACGCUUGUUGAGGAACCGUCAGGCCGCUUUGGAUUCUCGACAGCGCAAGAAGCUCCACACCGAGAAACUUGAGGAAGAAAAGAAACAUUUCACGCAGGCCAUCAACGAGCUCGAGGAGGAGCUACAAAAUAUGAGACUGCGCGAAUCUGAACUUCUUCGCGAGAAGGACGAAUGGUUGGCUACACAGCAGAAGAUCUCGGAGUACAUCAACAGCCUGCAUAUGGAAAAGGACGAACUCAUCCGCGUUCACACCCUGGAGACAGCCGAUCUUCGAAAGAAGAACAAUGUUCUCAAAGAGACAGUAGAAAAAAUGGAGCGCCAUGGGAAAUCUAACGCUCACACUGAAUUUUCCGACUUUGAGCACUUGACCAUGGAGAGCAGCCCCUGGGAAGACUUUACCAUGGUCAACGGCCUCUCUCUGGACGCAGACCCCGUCGGCCAUGCCGCUCAGCCUUCGCAAGCUAUGGUCGUUGCCGCGAAUGAGAAAGCCUCCGAAAAGACCGCCAACAACGAGUAUCCUUUCAGCUGGAAUGCUUUCUACAUGUGCCUCCUUUUCGGUGCCUUUAUUGCCUCUAACAGCGCUUCCCUUCCGGCUCGCUCCCUUCCGCGUCUCUCUGAGGAAUACCGCGCAGAGUCUGCCAAUGUUCUCAAGGCGGUGCUGGCCUCGUCACCCCCAGAGCUUACGCACUCGUCAAACCAGCCUGCCGUUUCGUCGUCUGCUGGUCCGCUCCCCACCACUAUUACCGGUGCGGAGAUGGCUCAGAUGACGGGGUCAGCCUCCACGUCGAACCUGGACGAGCUUCACGAGAGUCUUGCGAUGCCAACCAAGGAACAGGAGCAGGAGCAGCUUUUUGCUCUCAACGCUGAACAAUAUAACUCGCUCACCACGUUUGACGAAACUGGCGCCGGCUACAAGUCACAGCAGCCUACUAAUCUACAGCAGGCAUUGGCUGCGAUGAGGAGCAAUGCAGCGCAGGCCAGGAUGCCUCACAAGGCUACCUCUGAUGUUUACUCCCGGUCCCUCAUGUGGGACCGUGUUCCUGAAAAGGUGAUUCGCGACUUCCGACGAAUGGUUCAGGAAUACGGCGCUCCUGCCGCCAGAGAAUAA